GUUGGCAUCUUCCAGUGUGACAGCUGGGCACUCUACAGCAGCCAGGCGCUUGAGCUUGCCCCGGGGGUGGUCUCGCGGGUCAUCCACAGCAACAUGAUGUGCGAGAUGGGAGGGCAGUUCAUCACCGCGCUCAACCUCGGCAUUUUCCUCGCUUUGUAUCGGCAAAUUCUGCAGGACGGGGACUUCCUGGGCGCCGAAUGGCUUGUGAAGGUGGACCCGGACACCGUGUGGGCGCCAGCGCGGCUGCAACACUACCU